UGUCAGUUGUGGCAGUUGUGCGACCGGAAUUAUGACAGAUUGAUAGAAUUGAAUUGCUUUAACAAGACAAAAAUACUUCCAUCAUGAGUUCAAGACUUUACUCAGAGGUGUCCCAAAUACUACAUCAAGCAAAAUGUAAAAAGGCAUCCCUAAAGACCUUGAUAUAUGCCUCGAAUUACCAGAAUUCACGUCAGUUGUUUGCCAUGGUGAACGAAUGUGUGAAAUACCAAGAGCUUCUGGAGCAAGUUCUAGUUUCCUGCCCAAAAGAUUUCACAGAGGAUGAAGAAAUUUCUGGAGAUAAAGAUUUAGCGCUUGUAUACCUGUAUGAGUAUUUAGUGGGCAGAAAGUUUGGACGUAACGUUGGCCUUCGGAAAUUGCUUCUAAAGUACAAGCAGGGUAUCAAAAGUGCUGUUGAUGGUGUCCUGUCUAAAGUCAAUGCAAGAAGUCUUUCAGAGGCUGUGAGAGGAAGCAGAAGUAAUGCUCAGAAGAUACCUCGCUAUAUGAGAGUGAAUCUUCUGAAAAGCUCUGUCCAAACAGUGAUUGAAGACCUGAAAGAGGAGGGAUGGGAUUAUAUUGGGAAGUUGUCCACUGAUAGCUUCAAAGACUCUGCUCUUGCCCUCUCAGAAGGACAGUUUGGCCUGGAUCCUUUUCUCCAUGAUGUGCUGGUCUUUGCUGUUAAUACAGACUUGCACGUUCAUCCUUUAACUGUGUCAGGUGUUCUUGUACAGCAGGACAGGGCCAGCUGUGUCCCGGCCCAUGUCCUGGCUGCCCCUGAGGGGUCAGUGGUGCUGGACUGUUGUGCAGCUCCAGGGAACAAGACCACUCAUCUGGCCAGUCUCAUGGGAGAUAAAGGGCAGGUGAUUGCUCUAGACAGAGACCAGAAGAGACUGUCCACACUGACAGAAAUGGUGGCAAGGAGUGGAGCUACCUCUGUGAACCCGAUACAUCAAGACUUUCUCACUGUUCAGCCGGGCUCGGAGGAUGCUAAGGGCAUACAGAUGGUUCUCGUGGAUCCAUCUUGCAGUGGAUCAGGUAUGCGGCAACAGAUUGGUGAUGGUGACACAGACGAUGCUCUGCGUAAGAGACUGCAGACAUUGAAGCGUUUUCAGAUUUCCAUAUUGAAACAUGCUCUGCGAUUUCCCGAUGUUCAAAGAGUGGUUUAUUCGACAUGUUCGGUACACACUGAGGAAAAUGAGGAAGUUGUGACAGAAGUGAUGGCACAUGUUUCUGAGUACUUUCAAUUCGAAUCCGUCUUUCCACAAUGGACUGGCAGCAGAGGCUUGGUGGGGUUCCCGGACUCCCCGUGUUUUCUGCGACUGAAACCGGAGACUGAUUUAACGCAAGGUUUUUUUGUUGCCUGUUUCCAACGAGUAAAACGGAAACAAAACCCAGAGGCUGAGGAUCAGAAUUCAAACUCAGGAGACGCCAACAGCUUGGGAGAUGAGAAACAUUGUGUCAGUGGCAGUUCUGAGAGGGAAAACGUUCCUAAUAGUGACUCAGUUGAUGAGAGCUCUGGUAAGAGAAAGAGGAAGCACACUGACCGUUCAAUGAACAGUUCAACUGGUAGUGAUCUGGUUGAAAGCUCAAGUGAAAACAACUCACCACAGGGAAAAAAGAGGAAGAAAAAUGAAGGUAUUGGUGUGUUCGAGGUUGCUGUGGAUGUUGAACAGUCCAAGUCUCUUGUGUCUGGGGAUCAGAACAUUGAAGACACGAGUGCAGCCAAAAAUUCUGAGCUAGAAGACAUAAAUAAAGCAAAGUCGAAAAAGAAAAAACGAAAGAAAGAAAGGAAAGAGGAAGAAUUUAAUGAGGAGAAUGAAGUUGUCCUAAGUAACUCAAUUGAGAAGGAAGAAGAUGCAUCUUGUGAGAAAAGCGAAAAGAGAAAGAAGAAGAAGAAGAAAAGGAAAGAAGAAAAUGAAGAAUUGAAUGAAGCUGGUAAUAAUGACCUGAGGGAAGGUGAAAGUGCUCACUCUGAGAAACGAGAAAAAGUCAAACCUUUCUCCAAGGGGACUCGAUGUGAAAAGGAUGCAAACUCUGUUCCAUGUGACCCUAAAAGUGACGCUGAACAAUCAUCUUUGGAAAGUGAAAAGAAAAGGAAAAAAAAGAAGAAAAAGAAAGAGUCUAAAGAAAUUCUUUUGGAGGAUCGGUGUGGGCAAAAGGUAGAUGAAGCUGAGGUGUCAACAAACCAUGCUGUUGAAGCAAAUGGAGAUGAAUUAAAAGUUAAAAAGAAGAAACUGAAGAAGCGUAAAAGAGAUGAUUCUCCAUCUAGCUGAAAGUUUCAGUGAUGAAGAAUUAUGUUGUAAGUUUGAAUGAAAUUCUUACCUAUCAAAUUUCCCUCUAUAGAAAGAUUAAAGCAAAACGUUUUAAAGAAAAAGUUAACGUUUUUCUAUCUAACUUGUCUCAGUAAAGUUUAUGGAACUUCUAACUGAUCAAAUUUCCUUGAUACAAGAAGCCUAAUUUGAGUGGUCCCUGAAACCUUGUACCAGACAUCUGAGUGGAGUUACCAUUGUGAGAAUAGCGAGAUUUCUGUUCAUAAUGUUUUUUUCUCUUGUUGUUGAGUUAAGAAUUACAUCAAUAUUGAAAGGAUUAGGUGAUGAUGAGAAUAGCAGGAGAAGGAAAUGAAUUUCGCUUACUGCAAAUGGUGGUAUGAUGCUUUUGUGCCUUAUGUCUGUGAGAGAAUACAUAAUAGAUUGUAUAAAAAUAAAAAGUAUUAUAAGUGGGAGAACA